UGCAACAUUGUUAGUUUUACUUUAAACUACAGCUGGUUGCUCCGACGUGUCUUGGAUGCUGACGAUUGUUUGUUUGUGUCCUCUGUGAAACCAGCUCGCUGGAGAGAAACGACGGACUGGAAGAAGGAUUUGGACAAAGAGUUUUUACCGAGGGAUCCUCGUCGGGAAGGAAGAUGAGCAGCAGCUGUUGGUGAUUAACAAGAGGAUUCCCUGUAAAUGGAGUCUGGACAAGCAGGACCCAGAGCUACUCUGCAUAAAAGAGGAACCAGAGGAACAAUGGCCCAAUCAGGAUGGAGAACAGUUGAUGAUGAGCUGGUGGAGAGUGUCACCAGUUUACCAAUGAUGUCUCCUCUGAAGAGUGAAGAUGAUGAAAAAGAAGCUCAGCCUUGGUCAUAUUCAGCCCACCUUCAUCAAACCAAAACUGAAGUCAGCACAGAGGUAGACUCUCCAACAAACCCAGCUGAACAAAUUAAAUCAGAAACUGAUGGAGAGGACUGUGGAGGACUAAAACUGACGAGUAAUCCAGACCCAAACAGCUAUUUACAACAAAACAGUGACAGAAAGGCUUCAGGCUCUUCUGAAAUAAAACCUUCGUCACUCUCUGGACCUGAAAUGGAAGACAGUGAUGAAGGCUGCAAUGACAACAGAGCACAUGGGUCGGGUGUAAGCAGUGAUGUGGAGUGUGACACUGCUGAAAAAUCCCUCAGCUGGUCUGAAUGUGGUGAAGAGUUUCACUCCCAACAAUCUCUUCAGAAACACUUAACAAAAAGGUCUUUGAGAUGUUUAAACAGUAAGAAAUGUUUUAAAGUGACACAAAAUGUAAAUAUCCAGAAAGCAGACCGCACAGGAGAAAAAACAGUUAGAUGUGAUGAAUGUGGACAAAUAUGUAGUAAAAAGUCAAACUUAAUCCAGCACAUGAGAAUCCACACAGGGGAGAAACCGUUCAGCUGUGGCGAAUGUGGACAAAGAUUUAGUCAAAAGUCAAGCUUAAACCUACACAUGAGAAUCCACACAGGGGAGAAACCAUUUAGCUGUGGCGAAUGUGGACAAAAAUUUAGUCAAAAGUCAAGCUUAAACAAACACACGAGUAUCCACACAGGGGAGAAACCAUUCAUCUGUGGUGAAUGUGGAAAAAGAUUCAGUCUAAAAUCGUACUUAAAUCAACACAUGAGAAUCCACACAGGAGAGAAACCAUUGGAAUGUGGAUCGGGAAUCGGCGCGUGUUCAUCACAUUGACGUCAUAUCCUUUAGUUGUGCAGCUUCGCUGUCCGCACAGUACCGCAGACAGCAGAGGACUCAAACCUAUCCACUUUGGUACCCGGCCUCAGACAUGGUCGGUUUCAUGGCGGCUAAUCCCUGGCUUCUUGGAGA